UACUGGUCGUCCACAAUUAUUUUUCCGUUUGUUUCGCAAGAAAAAUUUCUUCUUUGGACUUAUUUUUUUUGACUCAUGGAAGGUGGAGGAAAGUUGAAGAGAGGUGCCGGAGGGAGGAAGGGCGGCGGUCCCAGGAAGAAACCGGUGACCCGGUCCGUCAAAGCCGGUCUACAGUUCCCAGUCGGACGGAUUGGCCGGUACUUGAAGAAAGGCCGGUACGCUCAGCGCGUUGGAACCGGCGCUCCGGUUUACCUCGCAGCCGUGCUCGAGUACUUAGCCGCUGAGGUUUUGGAGCUGGCUGGAAAUGCUGCAAGAGACAACAAGAAGAACAGAAUUAUCCCAAGGCAUGUGUUACUGGCUGUGAGGAACGAUGAGGAGCUCGGAAAGCUUCUCGCCGGUGUGACGAUUGCGCAUGGAGGUGUACUUCCCAACAUCAACCCCAUCCUUCUGCCCAAGAAGUCUGAAAAGGUGGCCGCCAAGGAGCCCAAGUCUCCAUCCAAGGCCACCAAGUCUCCUAGGAAAGCUUAAAACUUCUCAGAGCAGUGUUUGCGCGAAGUGUUUGUGUCUCUGUAUGUAAUUUCCCUUCUGUAUGUGGCUUGUAGGGGAAGCUUCAUGUUCUUAGGAAUUAGGACACCAUUGUACCACCUUUUUUUUUUUUUUUUUUUAAUUCCCAUGUCCUUUGUAGAACAUCCUUUGCUUUUCAAUGAAUGAAAUCGAAUUGCAGCCCAGUUUGGAACUCUCA